UCCCGCUCCUCCGUGGCGAGGGGUGAACUGAGGGUGCGCGCUGAGAGAUCAGUCGUGCGGAAGAGGCUAACGCCCAGCCGACCGACAGAUCGCGGGUCCGCUCGCUCUUUCGUUCGUCCGCGGCAACCCUCUGCGAGCUUCCUCCCCAAUCUGUGCUCGCUUUUAAUCGUGCCGUCGCGCGGUACAAGAUCGAUCACGAUGCACGGCGGCCCGUGCCCCGCCGUAGCCGCCCCCGUCGCGUCGACGUACGUGAUACUAUGACUUCGCAGCCCCCGGGAUCCAUGGGUCCCCUAUGUAAGCUACGUUCGUCGCGAUCAUCCCCCUACGGGUGUUGUUUCCGUGCGGCAGUGAAGUGCGUGUAAAACCCGGCCGAACGAAGGGGUGUAGGCGCGCCCGGAACUGGACCGACCAGCACAGGGACACCGUUCUCCUUCGGAUUGUUGUCCACCUGCGUGAGGGUCGCCCGGGACCUUUCACCUUUCGAGAACGAGGCUCGUGCCAUCCGCAUCAGGGAAAUUUCUCGAAGAUGAGGCUGACGGUAUCCAGAAGCAUCUCCCUCAUUCCCCUCUGGUGUCUGACCUUAAUCGAAGCUUCUUCGACGGCCGAAGUUUCGUGCGGUGAUCGUCUGACGGCACCUAGGGGGGUGAUCCAGACCCCGAACUUUCCCGCCGCGUUUCCGGUUCCCAUUAAGUGUCGCUGGUUGAUCGACGUGUCCGAUAUACCGGCGACCAACAGCUCGAUCGUCCUCUACCUGACUCAGGUGUACGUGUACAAGGGGCUCAGGUUCACCGAGUACGCGUACUACGAGUCGGAGAGCAUGAACUUCGGCGCCGCGCUGGUCAAGGAGAUCACCGAGGGCAACGUGUUCGAGUUCAGGUGGAUCCGAACGUUCCGGCCGUUCCUCGUCGUGGAGUUCGAGCUCGAUCAGCUCGAGGGGAACCAUGUGCGGGUGCUGGACGACCUCCUCGACGUGUACGGGUUCAACGUCACGUACCAGAUGACCGAGGUCGAGCCGAACCCGGAUUCCUGCUCCGUGCAACGCUGCUCCUUCACCGGAAAUUGCCUGCUGUCCGCGGACUACACCAACUUCUGGUGCGACUGCUUCGAGGACUUCAACGGGAGGAACUGCAACGAGGGACCCCUCUGUUUCGACGAUAGACAGGAGCCCAUCUGCCAGAAUGGAGGGACCUGCAGGCAAAUCGGCGCGAAAGCGAUGAACUGCCACUGCCCGGACGGUUUCGUCGGCCGCCGCUGCCAGAUUCGCUUGCUGGACACCUGGGAUCCCGAAUGCAGACCGGAGAAUUGCAUAAUGCAGUGCCCUUUCGAGGACGGCGAGCCGGCGUGCGCCUGCAAGAACGGCACCAGGAUCUACAACAAUCGGUCGCGGUACGAGUGCAGAAUCAAACUGUCGAACGUGACGUCGCUGAGGGCCGGCUCCGUCGUGCACCAGGGGAGCCUGGAGUCUUACCUCAGCAAGCAGCUUACCAAGUACUUGAGGCACUCCAAUAUCUCGUCUAUGGAGGAUUUACAAAUCCUGAGCGUGACACCCACGUCCGAGAUCACUUUCCAUUUCUUUGGGAAUUCGGAGGAUGGGGACAAGAUUCGAGAGUCCCUCAACAGGUUGGUGCAGCGUCGACGACUUAGCGAGAUUUCACUUGAGUCGACUCACUUCACCUUUCAGCAGAAGCCAGCCCUUAAGUUGCAGAGCCUGCGCCUGAAUCAGGUGAACGAGCGAGAAGUUCAUCUCGGGGACCAGUUUGUCUUGUCCUGUACAGCUCAAGGCAGUUACAGCCUGAACUUUACCUGGUACAAGGACAACAUGCUGGUGAACAUGAGCAAAGCUACCAGGAAAAUCUGGUACAAGCAUCUUCCUAAUGAUGGAUCAGACCUCCACACAUCCUUGUUGACUGUGGAAAAGGCGAGCUUGCUCGACGCAGGUCAGUACACUUGCCAGGUGGUCGACUGGAGUGUACAACAGUGCAAAAGCAUCUACAUCGACGUAAGGGAUGAGCCCAAUGUGAAAGUGAUGCCUAUGAGCGCUACCAUUAACAAGGGAGGUAGCACACAGUUGACGUGCAUGACGCCCAAUAUGCCCAACAUUGAGAUAGGGUUUGGUUGGACAAAGAAUAAAGCUUUACUCAAGCUGGAACUUGGAAGCGAGGUGUGGGAGGAUCUUUAUCCAGCUGGGAGUAUACUGAAGAUCACCAACGCUCAAAAAUCCGCCAUAUACACUUGCAACGUAGGGGACAAGUCCAUGUCCGUUAGAGUUGAGAUAGUUAAUAGAACCCUUGUGCCAAUUUGUCAGAGAAGCAAAUCACAGGAUUUAAUUUGGCCCGAUACAGUUCCUGGAACAGAGGCACUGCUGGAGUGCCCUCAGCAUUUCAUAGGUAACAAAGUAUCCAGGUUGUGCUCAAUGAAGGAUGCUACGACACCUGAAUGGCAGACACCAGACUUCUCUCAUUGUUUGUACAAACCAUUCACUUCUCAGUACGACAAGUUUAAAAGUCUUACUCUGGGGUACCAGAACACCUCUGGAUCAGAAACGAUAUUCUCUUUUUGGGAAGUCCUACGGUCACGUGGAUUGCCACUCUAUCCUGGCGAAGGGGAUCGCAUAUUGAGCAUACUGGCGGAAAUCGAACGUUAUCAACACAAUGUCGAUCCAUUAGACUUACACGCCUCGACAGAAGCUCUGAUACGCAUUAUCAGCCGAAUACUUGACGAUGAAAAUUCGAUCUUGAGUCAACAGAAAGUUCUGUUGCUCUUUCAAAUUACACAACGAAGCUUAAUGCACUGGUCAAAGGCGUCCGGUGAACCUUACAAACAUCUGUCCUUAUCUUCUUUGGUGGUGGAUGUUCAAGAGUUGCAACAACACAAUGCUGAUAGUAUUACGCAUUCACUUCAGAUCCCAGUGGAUGAUUCUAUAUAUCCGAAUUGGUACGAUGAUAAAGUAACCGUGAGACUGUGGAAAAAGAAACAAAGGAAUCCAAAGUCUGACAACAGACUUAAUGGAAUUGUGGUGGUUUUUAAAAAUGUAUCUCACUUUCUUCCAAUCACUUACGUCAAGGAGCUUGACGAUGGUACUGAUCUCGAGUUUCGAAUUAAUUCUCGGGUCAUCAUGGUAGCGGUGCCAGCUUUCAAUCCAGAUAAGCAUAACAAAAUAUGGGUUGAUUUGCAAAUGAGACAUAUACAGAAUCAGUCCAGUUUUUGGAAUGUGUCCUGUGGCCUCUUGGACAAUGCGGGCAGCUGGGAUUUGAAUAGUUGCAUAGUGAAUACUGUACCAGGGGAUGCUACCACUCACUGCUUAUGUCCUAACACAGGGACUUUUGCAAUUUUUCUAACAGCACGAGCAGUGAGAGUAGUGUUAGCGAAGAAGGAACAAACUACAUUUAUUGUAAUAUUUGGAUGUGGCAGCUGUUUAGUUCAAUGUCUCUUGUCUUCCCUCAUUCUUGGAACUUUCUGGUGGAAAAAUCGUGAUUGGUUGAAUUUCUUGAAGCUUCAAUGUUGCAGUGCUUUAGUAGGAGCAAUGGCUGUUUUCAUCUAUGCUGUGUACAGUAAUCUUCCAGAGAGUUCCUAUGCUAUUGUGGCAAUAGCUUUAGAAGCUUUCCUUCUCAUUGGUAUGUCUGCACCCAUAUCAGAAGCACUGAUCAUUUAUGCUGGAUUAACACAAGUCCAGUACAGCAAACAUUUUCAACCUACCGUCAUUGCAGUCAUUACUGGUGUCCCCAUCUUAGCAGUGCUAACUACAGAACUCACACAUAAGAGCACCAGGUGGAGACAUGAAUCCUGGUGGCUGAUCUUUGGCAGUGGAGUCUACAAUAUAUUUGUAACUUGUGCCACCAUGAUGUUUCUCAUAUUUGCAUUAUUAUAUUUAGGUAUUUUGCAGAAAGCGCAUGCUCUAGUUGGAGAGAAUGUUAUGAAGAAAGAGGCAAUAGAAUCAAGACUACGAAUGCUUCAUCGUGCAGCUAUUGUCAUUUGUGGUGUAAUCUCGAUAGAAGCAUCCUCCAUCUUCUACAUAAACUCCACCUCUAUUAUCUUCCACUAUGUAUUUGCAUCUCUUUCCUCUGUUUUGGGGUUCAUCAUAAUAAUGGUCUACAUUGUGAGUGGUGAAUUAGCAAUUGUCGAUUCGAUCUUGAAGAAACUGACAUGGAAACAGAGCACAGAAGAGGAGAUAACGUCUGAGCCAAUUAAAGUGUGUUCGAAAAGUGGUGCAGAGGUGGAAAACGACAUGGCACCACCUCCAUCAUCCUUAGUCUUGGGGGAGUCCUACAUAGAAGCUCGUGGAAUUGCAGCCGGUAGUAUAGACAUGCGUGAGUUCGUGAACGAGUCUUCGUCCUCAUACUCGAAGCCCUCCGUCCCCGUUGCAAGCCGAUUCUUGCCAGAAAUACGCAUCGAUCACUCUGACGACAUAAAUCUUGAGAAUUACAGCACGAGCCCGCGGAAGUACCAAGAAGCGAUCGUGUUCGACGCCAUAUUUUCUCCGCGGGCGUCGCACUGCGUGAGCGAACCUUACAGCAACAACGAAUGCUGCAGCUUUCGAGAAUACGGGAAAUACCGCGAGCCGCAGAACCAGCAAAUUUUCAUACCUCACAAUCCGACGCCGGAGAGCUCGGCUAAAGUUUUGUGCAGUGCCGAUGUCGAGUCCCGUUUGACCGGUAUGCCGGACGUCACUUUGGCCGUUAAAAGCGACGUCGAAUUAUUGUCCACGAACGAACUAAAGACCAGAGAACAUGUGAACAUUAUUCCUGAUAUAGCUAAUACGACAGAACGUAAACAACCGGACGGGGAAGAAAAAGCACCGGAAGUCAUGGUCACAAAUUGCGAAGCUACGACGAGCGGUAUGCUGGAUCGUAUCUCUCAUGAUCUUGAUUACCUGUUAAAUCGUACGCACUCUACAGAUGGUACUUAAGUUUCAUCUGACGUAUUGUUCGUGUUCACUGAUUCAAUUAAAUAAUGUGCUCAAUGCUUUUCAAUGAUUCUAAUUUUUAAUAUAGUAGAAUUCCAUUUUACUGAUUAAUUAAAUAGAUGAUUAAUAUUUAAGUUACUACUAACGUUUUUCUUAUGUGAAUGCAUCGAUUUCUGCACAGAUUUUACUGAUUAAUUAAAUAGAUGAUUAAUAUUUAAGUUACUACUAACGUUUUUCUUAUGUGAAUGCAUCGAUUUCUGCACAGAUCACUUACAGUCAAAAUUAUUUCUGUUGUAUGAGUACUUAAAAUGUGUGAAUUAUUUUCUACUCAAUAAAGAUUUUAAUAACUAUAUGUAUAUGAAUAUAUACACAACACCAUCAAAUUUAAUAGCAACAUGAUUCAUUGAGGAGCAUUGUUCUAUGUAAUCAUCAUGAAAUACUUAUGAAAAUUUGAAUCUAUUAAGUUACUUAUUUUUAUGAAACAUUACUUUACCAAUUUCUCUGUGGUAAGGGAAUCGUACAGGAAGGUUCUGUUGGAUAUGUGUAUCCAAACAAGCAGUACUUUUUAAAAAAUGUUAUUAUUAUCAUCACUUAUAAUGUUGUUUAACGUUAUGUUUGAUCAUGUAACAAAGACCUAGCGUUGUAAGAGUAUUACAUUACGCUUGCAAUGUGUUAAGCUAAACAACUCGGAAGAUGUACAAUCUCGCUUUUCUUUACAAACACAUAUACGCUCUUUCAACGAUCUCUCUCUCUCGCUCUCUCUCUCUCUCUCUCUCUCUCUCUCUCUCUCUCUCU